AUGCAACACGUAUUUCCAUUUCUCAAAGACGACGAAAAUGUAAUCGAUUCGGAUAAUGUGGUAUUUGUUCAUGACAAAGUCCCAUGUAUGCGAGCAAAUAUGACUCAACAUUUACUUCAAGACAACGAUAUAAAUUUUUGGGGAAAUGACACCUGGCCUGGAAAUUCACCUGAUUUGAAUGUAGCUGAACAUAUUAGAACAGUAAUUCAAAAUGAAGUUGAACAAAAAGUGUUAUCAGAAACGGAACAUGAUCGUUAUAAAGAAGAAAAAUUAAAAAAAUACCUUUCAUAUGUUUUGACAAACAUGGAAUCAAACAUUGAGUUAUUUGAAACUCUCUUAUGUUCUUAUCCAUCAUGUCUUCGUGCGGUAAAAAAUGCUAAUGGACACCAUACUGAUUAUUAA